AUGAGCAAGAGCAAGAGCCACCACGACAAACCUCACGAUGAGGAUUCGAUUUCGAUUGCCGGCGGUGAAGCACUAAUUGUUCCGACGCAUUUCAGGUGCCCGAUCUCGCUGGACCUCAUGUCUGACCCGGUGACAUUGUCGUCGGGGAUCUCCUACGACCGGGACGGGAUCGAGACGUGGCUCAAGGCCGGCAACUUCACCUGCCCGGUCACCAAUCAGGUCCUGAUGAGCUUCGAUUUGGUCCCCAACCACGCGCUGAGGAGGAUGAUUCAGGACUGGUGCGUUCAGAACUUGAGGUUCGGAGUCGAGAGGAUCCCGACGCCGCGAGUACCCGUCUCCGGUGACGAGAUCGCCGCCGUGCUGGCCCGGCUGGAGAGCGCGGCCAAAAGGCUCGAUGAGUAUGACUGCCGGGAGUGUUUGAGGAAGAUGACCAGCUGGGGGAACGAGAGCGAGCGGAACCGGAUUUCAAUCGCGUCCAACGGCGCCGCCGGCGUGCUCGCCGCCGCGUUCGACGGAUUCGCGAGGGAAACGGUGGAGAAGCGCGCGGUGGUUCUGGAGGAGCUGCUGAGCUCGAUGAGCUGGAUGUUCACGAUGAGCAGCCGCGCGGCUCGCGACCGUCUCGCGUCGGCUGAAUCGGUCAAAGCUCUGCUCUGGUUCUUGAAAUCGAACGGCAGCAGAAUCGCCGCCAAGCAGAACUCGCUCAUCGCGCUCCGGGAACUGCUCCUCGCGUCCUCGAAGCGAGAGCGAGUUGCCGAAUCGAUGCUGGAAAUCGAGGAUUUACACCAAAUCCUCUUUGGAUUCCUGAGAUCCCCAAUUUCCCCCGCCAUCACCAAGCUCUCCCUAACCCUAAUCUUCCAGCUCCUCCAGAUCUCGACCUCGAAAUCGAGCGAUCGCUUCAAAUCAUCGCUAAUCGACGCCGACCUCGUGUCGUUCCUCCUGGAGACGAUAAUCUCGUCCUCGAAAGAACGGAGCGUGAGCGAGAAGGCGUUGGGGAUUCUCGACAAGCUCUGCGACGAUUCCAAAGGCAGAGCCGCCGCGUCGGGGAACUCGCUGACGGUGCCCCUGCUGGUAAAGAAGAUCCUGCGGAUAUCUGCGGCGGCGACGGAGUUUUCCGUGUCGGUGAUUUGGAAGCUCGGGAGGUGCGACCAGAGGGCCCUUGUGGAAGGGCUUCAGGUCGGGGCAUUUCAGAAGCUGGUGCUGGUUCUGCAACUUGGCUGCGGGGAAGAGACCAAGGAGAAGGCGACGGCGACUCUGAAGAUGAUGAAUCCUUUCAGGAAUGAGUUCGAGUGUACUGAAUCUCUGGAUUUCAAGAACCUGAAGCGAUCGUUCUGA